AUGAUUCCAGUUGAAGCCUUCGACAAACAGUCAGCUAUCCACCGUAUUAAGAUACUAUUGGGUAUUGUUCUGCGUGUACAUUGUUAUGUAAAAGUGGAUAAGUUUCUGUCUGACAAGCAAACGUACAAUAUCAUAGUGCGAGGCAAUGCGAGCGGAUUCUACGGAUUGGAAGAUGGCGCCCUUCGAGGAGAGGUAGAGAUUAGAGGGCGCGGCACGGAGCCGGCGUUCCUUCACGAACUACACUCUACGCUGCCACCUGCCGCGCCCGAAACCUGGCACACCAUCUCUCUGGUCUUCAAAGGCCUUGUCUUCAUCACGAUUAUCCUCGGAGCUCUUCUGGGAAAUGCACUCGUCAUCAUAUCCGUACAUCGUCACAGGAAACUCCGUGUCAUCACCAAUUACUAUGUUGUUAGCCUCGCUGUGGCGGAUAUGUUGGUUGCGUUGUGUGCUAUGACGUUUAAUGCAAGUGCUGAACUUACUGAUGCCUGGCUUUUCGGGCCUUUAGUCUGUGAUAUCUUUAAUUCUCUUGAUGUUUAUUUCUCAAGCGCGUCUAUAUUACAUCUUUGCUGCAUAUCUGUUGACAGAUAUUACGCGAUAGUCCGACCUUUGGAAUAUCCUGUCUUAAUGACACAUAAAACUGUCUGCUUUAUGUUGGCUAAUGUAUGGCUAUGGCCUGCAUUUAUAAGUUUCGUUCCAAUUUUUAUGGGAUGGUAUACGACAGAACAACACAGACAGUUCAGGAGAGCGCAUCCUGAUGUAUGUAUUUUUAAAGCCAAUAUGAUUUACGCUAUAAUAUCAUCUAGUGUAUCUUUUUGGAUACCAAGUUUAGUGAUGAUAUCAAUGUAUUGUAAGAUAUUCAGAGAAGCGGUCAGACAAAGGGAGGCAUUAACGAGAACGUCUUCAAAUAUUUUGCUCAAUUCUGUCCAUAUUAAACACACAUCACACAGCGCUCAUCACUCCCAUUACUUGCAUCCCGACAGAAGGCCAUCUGAUAUAAGUCCGAACUACAGCACUUUCACCGAAGUUGGUCCGGAAGAAACAGAAUUUGGUGGAGAAGUUGUGUUGGCUCUAGGAGAUAUUUGUCCAAGUAAAGAAGCAAGUCCAAGAAAGUCAGUGAAUAUCAGUUGUGAUACAGCAAGUUCUGGAUAUUGUUCAGGAGGUUCUAACAAAAGAUCUUCAAGUGGUCAACCACCAACAGGUUGGAGACCAAGCUGUACUUCAGCUGUGGCCACAAAAGAACUAGCUAAGGCAGCAACAGAAUUGAAUUCACAAGGUGCGACAUUACGGGCGGCUGGUAAAUCGUGGAGGGCCGAACAUAAAGCGGCUCGAACACUUGGCAUAAUUGUUGGAGCGUUUUUGCUAUGUUGGUUACCAUUCUUUCUAUGGUAUGUCACAACAAACGUAUGCGGUGAGCCAUGUGAUACUCCCGAUGUGGUAGUUGGUGUACUUUUCUGGAUUGGAUACUUCAACUCAGCUUUAAAUCCACUGAUUUACGCCUAUUUUAAUAGGGACUUUCGAGACGCGUUUAAAAACACGCUGAUGUGUGCGCUGCCUUGUUGUUUUAAAUGUUGGAAGGAUACAGGCACAGCGUCCUUUGUAUGA